AUGUAUCCCAACGGAAAGGCCGAGAUGAUGUGUGCCUUGAUCUGUAACGUGGGAAGUGCAUGUUCCCAGACGAAGAUUCCUUGGAUUCAGGGAUUCUGUGACUGUAGGACUGACGUGUCCGAUGACGUUCAUGACGUCGAUGACGUUGAUGACGUCGAUGAAGCAUCUGCAGGAUCGGUUCGAACAGAAGUAACAGGUUGCUCAGCACACAAGGGUUACAGACUGGUUACGUCGGUGGGGAUGUGUGUCAAGUUUGUCACAGUUUCUGCCAGCUACCCUGACGGAAAAGCCGUAUGUGAAGCAGAGCCAGGGGGACGAGUUGUCCACGUCGACACCAAUGCCAAAAUUGAAGCCGUUGAAGCUAUACACAGAACAGAAUAUGGGAAGUAUCCCUUCUACAUCGGUCUGAAUGAUGAACCUAACUAUCCGAGAGGCGACUUCCGGUGGACAGACGGGACCCGAGUCCGCGACAACAACUGGGGCCCUGGACAACCUGACAACAACUACAACGACAACUGUGUUGUGACUACGACGGAUUUCAUCUGGACAGACCUGUACUGUUCAGAUAAACUCCCUAUUAUAUGUGAGAUCACAAGUUUCAUUCUCGCUUAA